CACCCGCCCCCCCCCCCUCUCUCCCUGCAGAUGCUGCCUGACCCUCUGAGUAUUUCCAGUGAAUUUGUUUCGCUACGAUGACUCCUGUCACGCUGGGGUCACGUCUCCGAUGAGCCUCCUCACGGGGCCGGUUGGCUCAAGCCGAGGGUUGUUGUCCUGUGCGCGGUAGCUGCCCGUGAUGCAUUGUUCAGCAGGGUGGCGGGUGUGUCCUGCCUCGCCGAUCGCGGCGCCGAGGGUGCAGUGCCGGCUUCCUGCCGCCGAAGCUCAGUCGGAACUUCAGUGAGACAGGUGUUCGGGCCCAGUCUCGCCCCAACGUCUCCGGCCUCAUGUGCCAUUAGAAAGAGCUCGCCACCGGGAGGGUUCCAGCUGCGGAGGCGAGGGGGUGCUGUACCUACUGCUGGCGCCGGUAUGGACGCAUUCAGAGCUGUUAUGUAAACCGAGACACCGAGUGACAGGAAAGGAACGGCUCCUUUUACCUUCCUGUUCGAGGAUAUUAUUGGAAGUUGAGCAUCUCACCAAGUAACAAUGGCGAGUGAAGACAAAGUUGCCAUCCUUUCUGAUGAUGAAGAGGAACAAAAGACAAAAUAUAUUCUUGCUGAGCCUUUCAACACACUAUCAACUGAAGAAAGAAAUGAAUCCUCCUCCACUCCUGCUCACUUAGAAACAGAAACAGCAGAAGCAGAGGAACCCGACUGGCUGGAGAGACGUUGCAUAAAGAUUAGUGAUGAUCUUCUUGUUUCCAAAGUAUUCUACUUCUUCUUCUACUCUGGCUACGGUUCAUUAAUCCCACUACUGCCAGUGUAUUACAAGCAGCUUGGCAUGUUGGCCAGCCAAAAUGGACUCUUGGUGGGAAUAAGAUAUUUUAUAGAAUUCUGCAGUGCACCUUUCUGGGGAAUAAUUGCAGAUCGAUUUAGAAAAGGGAAGGCUGUCCUUCUCUUUUCACUUAUGUGUUGGAUUGUUUUCAACCUUGGAAUUGGUUUUGUGAAACCUGCCAGCAUAAAGUGUGAAUCAAGGAGUCCAGUACCUACCACAGCAGCUCCAAAUAUCUCCACAUCCUCAAUGAUUUCUACUGCAAUGACUACACACCACUCAACUCAAAACAACUCCAACAGAAGUCAGAGACAUAAAAGAGAUAUUUUACCCAAUCAGCCUUUUGGAUAUGUUGGAAACCAUGGUAUUUCUUUGUCGUUGUUUAAUGCAGAACAAGAUCACAUCUUGCAGAAAAGAUCUGCGCCAGGUACUGACAAUUCAACAACAAAUCCAAACAGGACAUUGUACACUACUACCACCUUGACCUCAACAGUGAAGGCAGACAAACAGAUCACUUACGACUUGAGAGAAGUUGAAAAUAUUUUCCUACUGAUUCUGUUGGUUGUUAUCAUUGGAGAGUUUUUCAGUGCUCCUGCAGUCACUAUCGUGGACACUGUUACUUUACAAUAUCUUGGCAAACACAGAGACCGAUACGGAUUGCAGCGAAUGUGGGGCUCCUUAGGCUGGGGCUUAACUAUGCUGGCAGUUGGCAUCUCAAUCGACCAUACUCACAUUGAUGUCCUUAUAGAAGGUGAUGGUUGUCAAAUCACAGAUUAUAAGAACUACAGAAUAACUUUUAUUGUUUUUGGUGUUUUGAUGUCUAUAGCAUUGAUUGUAUCAACCCAAUUCAGAUUUGAUUACAGUCAUUUAAAAACUGAGGAGAACAAAAGAGAAGAUGCUAUCGAAAUUCAGCAAAUGGCUCAGAAUUCUUCAGUGGGUGGUUCUGAAGUCAAUGGCAAUGCUGAAGCUUCCAGGGGCACAGAGAGAAGGACAUUUGAAUUUAAUGUGCUGCUGAGAAUAAUUUGCAGUGUGCAAUAUGGUUCUGUGCUAUUUGUAGCCUGGUUCAUGGGCUUUGGUUACGGCUUUGUAUUCACAUUCCUCUACUGGCAUUUGGAAGAUCUGAAUGGGUCAACUACACUCUUUGGAAUCUGCUCAGUCCUCAGCCAUAUCUCAGAACUGACAGCCUAUUUCCUGAGCCAUAAGCUGAUCGAACUGGUGGGUCACAUUAGGGUACUGUACAUUGGUCUGGCUUGUAAUACAGCUCGUUAUUUAUAUAUCUCGUAUGUGGAAAAUGCAUGGUAUGUCCUACCUAUGGAAGUGUUACAAGGUGUUACCCAUGCAGCAGUGUGGGCUGCAUGCAUCUCUUAUCUGAGUGCUGCCGUCCCUCCUGCAUUGAGAACUUCUACUCAAGGAAUCCUACAAGGGCUCCAUUUAGGUUUGGGCCGAGGCUGUGGUGCUAUGGUGGGAGGAGUAAUGGUGAAUGCCUUCGGUGCUCAACAAACGUUCCGUGGCAUUGGAAUGGCCUCUUUGGUGAUUCUCCUACUUUUUGCCUUAAUCCAGUGGUUGGCAGUGCCCGAUGAAGAUGAAGAAAAGAAGAUGCUGGCAGAACGGAUUCCAGUUCCAUCCAGUCCUGUUCCCAUAGCGACUAUCGAUCUUGUACAGCACCACUCGGAUAGCAUUAUGCCCCAUCUUGAAACUAAACUCCCUCUGAAAAAGACCAAGUACCAAGAGGAGCAGGAAGAUGUUACAAAACCAGCCUGGACCGUCAGCUCAUCGCCUUGGGUCAAUAUUGUGUUUGCCCUUUAUCAGGUUAUUGAGAUGGCAAAGCUGGCAAAGGCAGAUGCACCAAUUCAGCAUCAAGUUCUACAGGAGGCCAGUGACCACCCAGUACGCCCAGACUCUUGGCCAGUUGGGGUCUCAGCACAGCCUGAACCUCCAUCUGUUUGUAGCAAGCAAGCAAAGCCAGAAGUCCUCAUUGCUACCUCUAAUCUGGACGAGCAGGUCAGUGUAAACCCAGAGAAGGGAAACAAACAGCCAGAGUUGCCUAGGAACUUUAUCCCUCUACCAGGAAAUGGAAACCCAAAUAUUAAUCCAGUUUCACCUCACCAAACAAGCACUCAACAAAGUCAGAAGGACACCUCUUCUUGAUUAAACUAAAGGAUUACUUCAGUCGCUUUAAGAACAAUGUAUUCAAUUUUCCCUUAAGGACUUCUAAAGAAAACUAAACAGUGGAUAUUUUUUUCAAGAAUGCAUUGUUCCACAGUAUGUCCAUGUUGUCAAUACAGCAUUGAAUGGCUUAUGUGUAUCUCAGAAAUGAGAAGGUUCUAUCUUGAUUGUUUUUGUUGUGUUUUUAGGAUAUCAAUAGCAAAUGUAAGUGCCUGUUCAUAUCUUAAUAUGAAAUUCUGUCUAUCCAAAAUGCUCAAUGUUUGCCUCAAUUUUUAAAACCCUGCACUGAGACAUUAAAAUGUAGCUAUAUUAAUUCUUGAUGAAACAUUGUACUUAUAAACCAAGAUGUCAUCGCAACGUACAGGAAACAAGUCACAUCAGUAAAGUAUAUUUUUGUUAAACAUAACCAGCUCAGAAUGAAAUUUGAAAACUGAGUCCAGAGCAAAGAAGCUGUUCGUUGUCAAAGAGUAUAUCUGUCAAAAUGAUUCUGGGCAUCUCUUAAGUACGUGCUUGAAAUACUGACUGAUGGAAAAAGUCUUCUUUCAACAUGUUGUUGCACUAAGUAAUAUCUGUAUUCUAAUAUCUGAUGACAGAAUUAAGAAAGCUGCCCUUGAAGUUACUGAUGGUUUGAUGUUAUGAUUCUUGCUGUGGUUUCAGCGGUUAGUCCAUUUUCAUUUGAAAUGUAGAAAGUAAUGUUUCAAUAUUUUUGGUGUACAAUUUUGGGAGCACUGAUACUAAUUCCCUGAGAUUAAAUGUUUUGAGGAAAAUUCUCUCCAAGUUUUUCUGGCAAGUUUGGGUUUAGAAUCUUCUCUGACAAUUAAUUAAGAAUCCACAAUAUAUGUUCAGUGACCAAAACUAAACUGCCUAAACCAAAGUUUCUUCUCUUAUCCUAGAAAACAAAAGAUAUAAAAGUUAAACAUUUGAAAAGAUCUGUUCAUCUUUGAGAAAACUGUGGCUGGAUUUUGCAGUUAGAUCUUGAGAGAAUUUGCCCAUAAAGAUCUUCCAGUCCUCUAUAAAGACAUCUGUUGCUAUCAUUAGAGGAUCCAAUGCAUCCAGAAUAUCAUUGUGCUGUGUUGGCUGAGCAGCCCAACCACAGCAUAAGAAUUCUCAGGAAGAAAAAAAAUGUUUAACUGAUAAAUAAUGAAUCAUUAUUAAAACAUCAAACUUUAUUUGAAAAAAAUAACUUACUAAAAUUACAUAAGAUACUUACGUGACAGAAUUUCAUUUUCAAAUACAAAUCAUAAAAUUAAUUUUGGUUCAUUGAGCAAUAAUUGGUGUAGUGAUCCAUUAAUGACUUUGUUAGAUCUCAUGCAACAAUGCAUAAUAUUUUGGAGUAUUUUACAUUGAGUACAGUUUGUAAAUACUUAACAUUUUCAUAAAUUCAGCUAAUUUCCCUGAUUAUACAACAACCUGGUGAUGGGAUCCCAACUUAUUUAAUGAUUUCCACAUUAAAAAUCCUCAUAAUUCUAGCUGCUGUUAAAUUUGCAAUGCAAGGAAAGUGAAUGCUGAUGGUGUUAACUUUAUCAUCACACAAAAUACAGCCAUUAAUAUGGAGUUGUAAACUGCACACAGAUUACUCAACAACAUGCACCCAAAGAUCUGAUGUUUCUAAAAUUUGUAUUUCCUUGCUUAUAACUGAAAGGAAAUCCAAAUUUUGUUGGAAAAUGUCUUGGAAUUUAACUUUCAUCUUCAAUCUCAGCAGUAUUUUCUAUGUAUUGCUAAGGUAGGUAGAUUUGAUUUUGAAAAUAACAUUUUUGUGAUAGAAUAAGUCAGAAUAUAAAUAGUCUUGGUGGUGGUUGUGGGUAGGGAUAAGGGCAAAAAGAAGAUUCACAAUGAAUUAGGUGGCACAGUAGCGUAAUGGUUAACAUAAUGCUCUACAGCGCCAGCAAUCUGGGUUCAGUUCCUGCUGCUGACUGAAGAGUUUGUACGUUCUCCCAUGAUUGUGUAGGUUUCCUCCCACAUCCCAAAGACGUACAGGUUAGUAAGUUAAUUGGUCACCUGGGUGUUAUUGGGAACACAGGCUCGUUGGGCCUGAAAGUGUCUAUUUCUGUGUUGUAUCUCCAAAAAAAAAAUGAAGGCGACUUGGAAGGAGAGGGAAUUAGAUUAAAAAGGAACUUUAAUACUUGAUAGCUGGUAGUCACGCACAUUUUGGAAAUUAAUGACAGCUGUGGGAAAUCCAAAGUAUGUCUUAAACUUGAAGAUUUAUUUUUAAAGCUGAACAAUUUUAUACCCGUGCAGUUGAAGCCUCCUCCCUGUCAAUACACAGGCUUCAAAUCACGGUAAAUUGCAUCUGAAUGUUUGAUUUGGCAGCAAUGAGGAUUGACUCAUUUUUGCUUAGAUGUAGAUAAGGUGUGGAGACUAGAUACUAGAAUCUCAAGCAAAAUGAAAACAAAUCACCGGAGGAACUCAGUGGAUCAAAUAGGUAUCUCUGAGAGAGAAGCAAUGUCAAUGUUUUAGGCCAAGAUUCUGCAUCAUGGCUCAAUGCAGGGUCUGAACCCAAAAUCUCAACAGUUUCUUUUCUCUCUCCACCCCCGCCCCACGCAGUUGUUCCUCAACCCACUAAGUUCCUGUAGUUGUUUUGUUUUGCUGUUGGUAAGGUGUUGGUAGUUUGUAAAAUGGUUGGUGCCUUCAGUCUAUUAAAACAGUAUUUAAAAACUAUUAAUUUUUAUAGUGCUUUUUGUGUGUUGAUAUUUUGGGAUUGUUUCUGUAGAGUUAUAAAAUAUUAUUGAAUUGUACAGCAAUUGUGUUAGUGCUGAGAAAACUGUUAAAUUGAUAAUUUUAUUAAUAAAAUGUUGUUUCAAGA